UAAAAACAUACAUUCUGUCCAUGAUGAUCCAUCUUCCCGACUACGUAUCUGAUCUCGUCAAUCGCCCAUAUCCCCUAUAGCCAUGCCUGCACCAGCUGAAGUCCAAGCGGCAACCCUGGAGAAAUUUAUCCAAGGAUGGGCCGGAUGGACCCCAGACGGUUUUCUCGCCAACUGGUCCGAAGACUGCACGCAGAAAACACUGCCUUUCAGCUCAGGGGUGCCACUCCGCACCCGCGCAGACACUGAGAAGCUUUUUCCGGUUCUUAUGUCCCUAAUGUCCAAUUUCACCCUGGAUAUCCAUAACGUUGUCCAUGACGCACCGCAGGGCAAGGCCGUCAUUUACGCCCUCACCAAGGCGGACACACCAUUUGGGCCGUACAGAAAUGAGCAUGCGAUCUUUUUAUGGUUCAAUGAAAUUGGUGACCGGGUGCAGAAGAUCGAAGAGAUGUUUGAUGCGGUUGUAAUGCAGGAGUUUCUACCAAAACUGGACAAGUAUGUGGCUGACAACAAAAUGCAGCUGGGAGCGAAGUUUAGUUAGAAUAAUGUGUGCAUUGAAGUACAACUGAGUGAGGUUCAACAACUUACGCUUU